GUCCUAUAUAACUACUGCGAUGGUAUCCCCUGAAUCUCCUCCCAACGACGGCCCCAGUAAUUGCAACCUGCGCUGCCGAUGGCGCAUGCCACUACCGCUAUGCUCCUGCGCGGGCUCGAGAGCUCGAGACAGUAUGGCGUUCAAGAUUUCCUACGCACCACGAGAACUCAACCGGCAGCAACGGUCGACGCAUGCGAUCUGUAUUAUAUUCCUUCCCGGUCUUCCUGGUAUCACAAAUUUCUUCUGGUUCACAUUCAUGAUGGUCAAGAGAGGCUCAUGUUCACCGUCCCAAGCAACAAUGGUAUGCAAGUGAUAUCCUCGAAUGGCGGAGUCACAAAGGACACUAUCACAGUCGUGCGAGCCAGGGAGCACCAUGAGUACUGGCAAAGAGCUGGUUGGCAUCCUGUACUGAGGGGUACACUUCGAUGGGACUGCUCUCCACCCCGUCUUUUCGAUAUUGCUUUCUUUGCAAGUGCCACAUGCACCACUUUUAAACACUACAAUCUCUACGUUCGGCAAUGUUAUUGGUAUGCCAGGAUCACCCUAGUGGCAAUGAUGAGAGUAUUCCCAUCUUGCUCCAGGGAAGGGACUACGUCGUUUUCAGGAGGAUGGCUCUCAAUGUUCAGGAGCUACAAGCCAUCACAAGUCCAACUUCUCAUAGAUCUUCACACUAACUACUGUCGUGAUUUACACCCACCUGCUGGCCACCUACCUCCUAUGAUCCCUACCAUGGAGGUUGGACAACAUGCUUCUGCCUCCAUCACACCAGACAUUCUCCAUGGCGUCGCCAUGUUUAUAGCCAACUUCCAGAGGCCUCUGUCACAUUCGGCGUUGCCCAAACUAGCAGUGGUCAUUGUAAACUGACGCCAUGACCAGUUGGCCAGAUGAAUACUCGGAUCCAGCAGGUAUAUGGAAUCCUAUUAGGUAGAUGAUGACCGUGCUGAUGCGAUGGAAUUGGACUUCCAAGAGACUUAACUAGACGAUACUAGGGGAUGAGCUUUGAUCGUCUGUUGUAGAUAUGUGAUCCAAAUUUUGUGUACGCAAUUUGCCUAUACCAUCACUACAUCAUGCUGGCAUGGUGCCCAGCAGUGAUGGUUUUUCAUUCCUAUGGCCCUUACUAUCUCUAUUUUUCUGUACAUGAUUGUGUAUGUGCCCAAAUAGCUCGAAUAGCACGCGACUAGUCCGUCCUAGCGCCAUGAU